UCCAACUUUUUUCUUCCUUUUGUGUUAAACUUCUCUUAUAAUUCUCCCAAUUCUCAAAACUCCUCACUUUUCUCACAAACCCUGCUCCAAAACCCUGCUUUAAAGGGAAAUCUGGCUGCUGGAUUGAGAAGGGGAUUGCUAAUGAAAGGUUGAAGAUUUCUAUAACAAAUUGAAGAAACAUCAUGGGUUCAGUUUGUUCCUGUUUCACUGUUCGGGAUGUUGGAGGGAAUGCUGCCUCGAAUGAUCAAAAUCAUACUUUCUGCAAGUGUUUCAGUUGCUGCUUUCAGAACUUAAUUAAUAAGUGUGGAACCAUAUUUGGGCAAGCACAAGGAACUGCUGGGACUUCAGUUAAUCAAGGCCCGCCAUCUUCGACUGCUCCAAAUGCCAUAAACAAUUCAUGUAAUACAAUCAGGCCUCAGGAUAGACGUUUACCAAAUAGUGCUGCUCCUCCAAGACGGCUUCAAAUACAAGAAGAUGUUGCAUUAAGACGACAGGACAAAGGAACAAGUCAUUCACGAGUUGAGCCCGAACCAGAUAUAGAUGCUGAUAUUGAAACAACACAAAAGCUUCUAAAAGCAGGCAAUCUGCUUAAAUCAGACUCUGCUCAUCAAGGCCCGUCAUCUUCGACUGCUGGAGUUACCAUCAACAGUUCACGUAAUACAAUCAUGUCUCGUGAUAGAGGUUUACCAAAUACUGCUGCUCCAAGACAGCCACAAAUGCAACAAGAUGCUGCAUUUAAACAACAGGACAAAAGAACAAGUCAUUCACGAGUUGAGCCUGAACCAGAUGCUGAUGUUGAAAUAACAGUAGGAUCAGACACAGUGCUUAAAUCAAACUGUGACGGAGGAUCUAAAGAAUAUCGUCCAGAGAUCAUGGUGACAGCUGUUCCAUAUGUCGUUUGCUCAUCAGAAGAUGAGGAUGUAUGUCCCACAUGCCUCGAAGAGUAUACACCAGACAAUCCCAAGAUAUUUACAAAAUGUUCUCAUCAUUAUCACCUCAGCUGUAUAUACGAGUGGCAAGAGAGAAGUGAAACAUGUCCAGUUUGUGGAAAGUUGAUGGAAUUCGAGGAGACAAAUUGAUGUUCAGAGUUGAAGAGAAGGAGCUUAGUAAGGUGCACAUGAUUUUUUACCACACUCUGGUCCCCUGACAUCUACAAAGGAUCGAUGAGUAACGCGAUACAAAGUCUAGAGAAUUUUUGGUUCUCCUUAAAAACUCUCUUUUUGGUAUAUACUUUUGCUGCCAUGGGCUUUUUCGUGGGUGUUUUAGGCCCGUGAGUGAGAUCUCUGUUCAUUGCAGGCAUCUCCGCGGUUCUUCACCACAUGGAUAGUACCAAACCCUUGUGCCCCGACCCUUGAUCAGAUAAAGCUGAAAUUUAGAUUUUUCAAAUUAUCUUUUU